GGCGGUCUGUAGAUCCGGUACCGGUAAACGAGGCGGAGGGAGACGUCGUCUCGUCCCGGGGCCUCCUCCGCCCCGCCCACGUCUUUGAAACGUCAACAGCGCCAAACUUCAGGCUCCCUGCUGACGGGAACAUGAGCACUGGUGCCGAGGAGCCGCAAUGGAGGAAAGUCCACUCCGUCACCGGGGUGAUACCGCGGUCCAGACACGGACACCGAGCAGCGGCGAUACGGGAGCUGAUCGUUGUGUUCGGUGGUGGAAACGAAGGCAUAGCGGAGGACCUCCAUGUGUACAACACGGUCUCAAAGCAGUGGUUUCUGCCUGCGGUGAGGGGUGACAUCCCACCCGGCUGUGCUGCCCAUGGCUUCGUCUGUGAAGGCACCCGGAUACUGGUCUUUGGCGGCAUGGUUGAGUUUGGGAAAUACACCAACAGUCUCUAUGAACUUCAGGCUAGUCGCUGGCUGUGGAAGAAGCUGAAGCCCAGAGCCCCCAGGAAUGGCUUGCCUCCAUGCCCUCGGAUUGGACACAGCCUGACUCUUGUGGGUAACAAGUGUUACCUGUUUGGAGGGCUGGCUAAUGAUAGUGAAGACCCCAACGGCAAUGUAGCGAGAUACAUGGGUGACUUCUAUGAGCUGGAGCUGCAGUCGUUAUCGGGGGCAAGAAGCUGGAGCAUCCCAGAGACGAAGGGUGGUGGUCCCUCAGCGCGGGAGUCCCACACCUCGGUUGCCUACACUGGUCUCGGCUCCCCAAAGCUCUACGUCUUUGGAGGGAUGCAAGGACGCCGGUUAGACGACCUCUGGCAGCUUGACCUCGACACAAUGGUUUGGUCAAUGCCUGAAACCAAGGGCUCCACGCCCCUUCCCAGAAGCCUUCACUCUGCCAAUGUCAUUGGAAACAAGAUGUAUGUUUUUGGUGGCUGGAUUCCUGUGCCAUCUUCAGACAAAAACAGUGCUUUAGGAACUGAAUCAAUCUGCAGUGACUCUUUAAGUGUACUAAACUUAGACACAAUGAGCUGGCAGAACCUGGGCCCAGAGCAGCAAGACAAUAUUGAGGCCCAACUGCAGAGCCAGGGACCCCAGAGUGACGAUCCGUAUGCCUGUCAACCCAAAGCCAGGGCCGGACACUGUGCUGCCACUGUCGGGUCCAGGAUCUACAUCUGGAGCGGCCGUGACGGAUACCGUAGGAGCUGGAACUACCAGGUGUGCUGCAAGGACCUCUGGUACCUGGAGACAGAUCGACCAGCAGCCCCAGAGGCAGCGUUGCUUAUCAAAUCCACAGUCAGCAUGCUUCAUGUGGCGUGGCGCCCCCUGUCAGCAGCAGACUACUACAUCCUUCAAAUCCAGCCUGCACCUCCACCAGCAAAAAUAGUUGGUCCAAUUGGAACAGAUGGACUGGGCGCAAAAGGUGUCCAGUCUCUUCAGCUUCAAACUGGAGAACCGAAAUCAUCGCCCCAGGAUGCUUCAGCAGAGCAGAAAACUAUGGCAGAAUCGGUGAAUGGCUCAGCAGAGACCAAAGCACAAGGAGGAACGAGUGCUGGGAGGGAGGGAGAGAAGGACUCUGACACGAAACGCUGCGGUGCUGGACAGGAGACAUCAGUAUCAGAGGUCAGCAGCUCAUCUCAGCACCAGCCAGAGUCACAACCUGUUCCAGCUGACAAGACAACAGACUUCUACGCCCAUACCCAUCAGAAUCCAGACGAAGCUGUGUGGUUUGAUGUUGGUGUGUUCAAAACACUCUUCUCUGAGGUCAGCCACUACUUUCUACCUGCUGACAGUGACCAGGCGACUGCAGCCAUCAGCAGCCGGCCGUCAAACACUAAAGAGAGAAAGCUUCCAGGGCCUCAGGACUAUCUGAGCAGAGAGAAGCAGGAGCUGACUCCAGGUCAGACCUACAGGUUCAGAGUGGCAGGCAUCAACUACUUUGGCAAGGGAGACUUCAGCCCCGUCAACGAAUUCAAGACCUGCCAACCUGGGUUCCCUGGAGCGCCCUCUGCUGUCAGAAUUACCAAGGCCAAUGAAUCCGUCCACAUCACAUGGGAGGCUCCCCCUUCUCCAUCAGGCCGGAUCUUGGAGUAUUCCAUGUACAUGGCGGUAAGGAAGAGCCGGACCACCAGCUCGGAGCGUCCGGGUCAGAUGGCCUUCAUCAGGAUCUACCGCGGCACCAAGAUGUCCUGCUCAGUAAGCUCCACCCACCUGGAUAACGCCCAAAUCGACUGCUCAGCCUCCAACCGACCUGCUGUAGUCUUCCGCAUAGCUGCUAAGAAUGAGCAGGGGUACGGCCCAGCGACGCAGAUCCGCUGGAUUCAAGAUCUCAGUCAAUUGCGAGCGUCUGCAUCUAAAGCCGACAGCAAUGCUGAGGCCGACCAGGAUGCUGCUGACAGCUCCAGUUGAAAAUGUUUGGACCGAUGAAACCGUGUUGUGGGAAAGAUGAUGUGUGCACUCAGGAAGUUGGCAAAGUACCCCACUGAUAUGUUGUAUAUUUCCCUAGAUAGUUUUGUUAAUUUAUUUUUUUUAUGUAUUAUUACCUUGUAAAUAGAUUUUCAUAGUAAGUUUCACCAUGUGGCUAUUUUAAGCAGUUGUUUUGUUAAGGAAUAAUAACUAAUAUGUAACUACAAAAAAAGGAUUUACUGCAUCAGCCACUGAAGUAUUUCGUAGUUUUGAAUGAAAUACAGGUGGACCAGGACAUCAGAAAGAAAAUAUUUUUUUAGAAUGGACCACUUUUAAAAUCCAAUUGACACAGUGAGGGUAUGAAAUACCAGUUUUGUGUACAGUGAACUGUUAUUGUUGUUUUACCAUCAGAUCAUUUACUAUGAUUCAGGUUUGGUUUAAGAUCUUUGUUGAUGUGUUUUGUUAUUGUACACAUAAGUUGAUACAAAUAUUUUCACUAUCCAUUACAAUGCUGCGUCACAUUUAUUUGUAAGUGAUUUUGUAGCAUUUAUUUGUAUUAUCAUUACCAUCUGAAUAUUCACUACACAAUUUUUACAAGUUUGAGAAAAAAAAUGUCCUAAAUCAAAAAAAAUGUUACGACUGCAACCAAAGAAUAGAGUUCUACUUCUGUUUCUGAUAUUGAUUAAAGUUGCAAAAGAUAUUACAGUAUCUACAUUGUUUUGUCACUGGUUUGACCAGCGCACCACUUAAUGUGCAAGAAGUCCUAUUAUUAUUUUCCCUAUCCUCCUCCAUCAUAUCUGGACCCUGGAAUUAUUACAGGUCUUUUUAACCGGUGUAGUGAAGGAACUUGUGGACAGACUGUUAACUGGACCUCAAAUCAUUGAGACCAGUGCUGCAUCCCUUCAUGUUCUUGCUAUAAAAAAUGAUUAUUUUCUUCCAUAGAAGAGCACACUCUUUUUGUAUGAAAAUAUUACAUUUAACUUUCUGGUUGAAGAAGAUUUGGUCAGGAUAUGCACAGUGUUUUUUGGCUUUAACAUUCUCCAUUGAAUUAAGCUGCAGACUUUUAUUGAUCCCUGUUUCGAGUGUUUAUUGUCCCUAAGAGGUAAAUUCACUCGUUCUUGCCACAGAUGAGCAUUUAAGAUGCAGUGUGUUUUGAAUGCAGUUUACUUUGUUCUCAUUGGGAAAUAAUAAAAGUGUAAA